AUGGAUCCUCGACACCUCCGACACUCGAGCAGACAUGGUGAUGAGCAACAUGUCGCCGCUCAGCAUGGGGCGGCAGACAAGCAUAUCCACCGCGUCGUAAGACAUGGCCACCGUCCCCAUGAUGCAGCACGCCAUCAUGGACAGAAGAGGAGGGACCAUGAGCGUCCAGGUCGGGGCGCGGAGGACUUCUCGAGGGCGAGAGCCGGCGUUGGCGCAACGUCAGAGCACCUGAUUCACAACUGGUUGGAGGGCACAGUCCAGGUAGACUCAACAGACAGCCCUGGAAAGGCAAAGGGCACUCGAGCUGGCCCUGAUAUCCAAUCGAGACCACAGCAGCUCAAUCUGGACUUGGGUGCCAGGGGCCAUGGCUCCAAGCGGAAACAUCGCGAACUGUCCAACAGCUCUAUUAUCGAGCCCAUGAUCACCUCUGAGAAAGCCACGAAGGGGGACGAUGACCCUGAGUCGGGCCCGUACCAGAAGCGGCCGAGGCGCAAGACCCGUGAGGAUCGGUACGACGCCCAUAAGCAGCAUUCCAGAAAGAAGAAGCAGACUCAAAGGAAGACGGUGGACCGGAGCUCGAGAAAGAAGGCGAAAUGGGGGACGCUGGGAACGGGUCAGGACAUGAUAGAUAAUUUCGCGCCCGAAAAUAUCCACGCUGAACGUAUCUCGCUACAGCCAACAACUGGAAUUUUCGGCAAUGGGAGGACAGCAACCGCAUCGAAUUCUCGUAAGCUGUUCAUUCGUGACUCCAUCCAUGAUGUUUUGGUUGCUGACGCGACUUUAGCCUCCGACCUUAUCUUCAACAAGAUGAGUUUCCUCAAAGAAUCACGUUACCAACUGCCGAAAGUCAUAUCGAAAUCCCAACAGCGACACAGGCGGCGUGAGGAUCGUGAACAGGAGGAGGUCUCAGCUUUCUUCCCGGAGGCAAGCCAACAGCCGAUGUCCAUUUCCAUCGGAGAUGCUCUGGGCAGAGAGCAAUAUCAACCAAGCAUCUCGAGUUCCAGGUGCAUUCGCCAGAAUCCCACGAGCUCGUUUGAAGAUCGCUCCCACCAUGAGUGGAGGACAUGGUCAACACACGGGUGCCCUCAAUCAAGUCAUGACCUACAUUCCCCGGCGAGGACGGACGCCCGAAGUUUCACGCCCCUCUCAAUCCGCAAAGCUGUUGAAGCAAGCGGCGUGUUCUCCGGACUCCCUGACCAUGUUCGAGCCAUUGGCCUUACAUCAACAGGCUAUGCGGAUGUGGGCCGCAGCACCCGCAUCGUGCGAUAUCACGAUCGAGGGACGACGACGAGGAGCCUCAGCCCUGAUAAUAUUACGGACAAGCACCGAGCAGAUGACCCAUCGGUGGAAGCAGCCCCUGAAAUACCUGAAGAGGCCCCCUGCCCAGAGGAGGCGUUGGGAAACAACCAAGCCCGUAAAGAUGUGGCGACGGAAACAGAGCCUGGCACUGAAGGGCAAGAGCCAGCGCAACAACCAGCUGCGAUAUUGAAAGUUCCGUUGCCCGGGAAUGGAGCGACAGAAUCACCUCAGCAAGGGCCAGCUCGGCCGCAAUCGACAAAGCGGAAGCUGGUCGAAGACCUUGAAGCGUCCGCUGCUGACGUCGCCCAAGAGGACGAACCUAGUCGCAACGAGCAACAACAAGACCCGGUACAAUUCUGUCAGACACGCCCCGACACCCAUUGGCCGGAUGUUCAUGCCGCAUCGCGAAUGUUGAGCCCUCUCAACAACAACGGUAGCCAGCCUAGCAUGUCAGCGACUUGCCAAACCCCAUUCUCGCGUACGGUGUCGGCCGCAGAGAGUGGCCCUAGCCUAAACAGCCACAGUUCAAUGGAUCUGCCUGCGGGGCCUAUCGACGCUUGGUUCUGGAAGCGGCACCGUGCCCCUGAACGAUCAGCGUACGAGCCGGCAGUAACAGGGAGCAGGCAUCUGUCUCCUCGCACGUCAGUCCACUUGAGGAGACCUCAAAUACCAGCCGAGGAGUCACGACACCAUCUGCGGGCCCCGAUUAUUCAGGGAGAGUCCGGUAACGAGAGUUGGCCGGAGUUCAUUGAGAGGAUAGAGAGAGAAGCUCAGCAAGAUAAUGGGGAAGCGCACGAUCAGGAGAUGCAUGAGAUGGACUCGCAUCGCCUCGAGGCAAGUCCGGAACGAGAAAAGAACCGGCCCAUCAUGCCCGUCGCGAUGGAGCCAGCGAUGUUGCCCGUCGAGAAGGCGCUGCCGGCCAGGUUCGAGGCCUGGCUGAACUUGUCGCACCGCGAGAAGGCGAGGGAGUUGGUGAUGGUGAGGGCGAGGGCGAUAGCUGAAGGCGGCACGGUUAGCUCUUCCCGAAGACCUGCGGGGGUUUCAACAAGUGCGGCACAUCUUACCAACAAGCGGCAGCCAGAUGAACUUGAAGGUGACGAUAGCUACGAUGGCGAGCGCGACCCACAGCAGCGGCUGGGCGUAGAUGGCGAGCCAGAAGAAGCGCGAAUCGGUGGCGUUGAUGGUCUUGGUCCCGGGCUCGCUGCUCUCAAAGACCCAGUGCGAGUCGCCGGUGCUCGGGUCGACCUCGUUCCACCACCGCAGUCCCACGAGCCGGCGUCCGGCGAUGUUCUUGAGAUAGUAGAAGUCGGCGGCGAGGAGCAGUAUCGUUAUGAUAAAGAUCAUGACCCUAGGGGAUUGUCAGUUUUGCUUGCGGAGAAGCAGCCGUGCGUUCUCGACGCGGCACAGAGCACUGCUGUCCGUCCCCCCUUCGGCCCAGGCGUGUUUGCAUCGAACUCACAAAUGCGAAAGGCGAGAAAGGUCAGCAGGGUGAUGGGAUGGGAGCUGAGGCGCCAGCUCAAGGAGCCUGGCAUGGGUUGUGCUGAUUCCAUCGCGGGCGACUUGUCUGGCGGUGCGGCGAUCAGGCGUAUGAAGAGGAACGAAAGUUGUCAGAUAAAAUGGCCAUUGUGGGGGAUGACGUCCACCAAUGCCGCCAUCCAAUCUCAGGACCUACAUGUACUCUGGUACCGAGACAGCACUUUGUCUCCGCCUGAAACAAUUGACGAGGCAUUGGCUGCUGUCGAGAGCUGGCAAGUCCUAGCUGGGAACUCACGAUGGCUUCUGCUGUGCUGCGCAGGUCGCUACUCUACGGUGAGUACCACGGUCCAAGCUUGUGCUGCCGAGAACAAAUCCCCGGCUAACCGAUCCGACACCACAGUGCCUGCAUCCUCCCAAAAAAUGCUCACCAAGUCCCUCACCCUCGCCUCCGAUAACAUCACGUACGAUCUAGAAGACUCCGUAACGCCAUCCGUCAAGCCCUCGGCUCGCUCCGCACUAGCGAGCCACCUGUCCUCUUUCUCCUCGCGCCCCGCUUCCGUCGCCGAGCUCGCCGUCCGGAUCAACGCCGUUUCUACUCCGUACGCCCUCGAGGACCUCACAGCCCUCGCUUCUUCACCAAACGUCGACGCUAUCGUCGUCCCCAAAGUCAAUUCCGCCUCUGACCUGACUUUUGUCGCGGAUGUCGUGCGCCACGUCGCCCCCGAGAGGAUAGCUUCUUCCUCCACUCCGCUAAGGAUAGUCGCCCUGAUCGAGUCGGCCCGAGCCGUCAUGGACCUCCGCGAGAUCUGCGCCGCCGGCGCCGCCCUCCCGGCGCCCUGCGAGCUCAGCGGGCUGAUCUUCGCCGCCGAGGACUUUGCGCUCGACCUCUCGCUCACGCGCACCCCGUCCCUGAAGGAGUUCCUGUACGCGCGCAGCGCCAUCGCCACGGCGGCGCGGGCGUUCGGCCUGCCCUCGGCCAUCGACCUCGUCUGCACGUCAUUCCGCGCCGACGAGGGAAAGAGGCGGCUCGAGGAGGAGUGCAGGGACGGGCGCGAGAUGGGCUUCAACGGCAAGCAGUGCAUCCACCCGGACCAGGUCGCCGUCGUGCAGCGCAUGUUUGCCCCGGCCGAGAAGGAGGUCGAGUGGGCGGUGAGGGUGGUCGUUGCGGACGAGAAGGCGGCGGCGGCAGGCAGGGGAGCGUGGACGCUCGACGGCAUGAUGAUUGACGCGCCCGUGUCGGGCAAGGCGCGGGCCGUGGUCGAGAAGGCGGAGAGGUGCGGUGUGGAUGUCGCGGGAUUGAGGGAGAAGUGGGCGCACCAAGAGCCUGAGUGA